AUGAAAUAUCGUAUCUGCAACUGUCUGAUAAAUAUUGGGGAUCUGACCGAAGUCGAAUCUAAUCAUUCCUGUUCUUUUCGAAUGAUAUUACCAAAGGUCUAUCAAUUUUCCUUCAAACAAUACUCAAGAUGUUUCUUGCAUGGGUCUUACGAACUGUAUCGUUUUAUGAUCCUUUCGUCAGCGAAUUCCUUAUCAACCUAA